UGAGACAUUCACACGGGCAGAGCCUCUUGAUGCAGCCAUAAGAAGGACCUCAUUAUCCUUUUUUGGAGUAAACACAUUUUCGUCAUCAGGAGUUGUUGUUGUUUUUUUGUUUUUGUUUUUUAAUUAUAGAAUUCACGUCAUUAGGAGCCCGCGCGCGCAUUCCUCAGCAGGAUUUGCGCAUCUCCAAUUGCAAAUUGUUUUCUUUUUUUUUUUUUAAUUACUAUUUUUAUCUGCUCUCCACGAGAGCGCUGUUUUCAUUUUUCUACCCAGGAGGAAGCUCUCGUAGUCAUGCUCGAGCUGCGACUGGCGACGCGUUUCAUGCGAAAAUCGUGUAUUUAAAGAAAAGAAAUGGAACAACAGCUCUCCAAACCAGGAUGCAAAAACAUGGAUGCGUGUCUGAGACGACUGAAGCAAGAACUGCUGUCUAUGAAAGAAGCCGGGGAUGGCCUCCACGCUCAGAUGAAUUCAAUGAUGGGAGCCCUCCAAGAACUCAAGCUCCUUCAAGUUCAGACGGCACUAGAAAACCUUGACAUUUCAGGUCGGCCCAUUAACCGAGGGAUCCCACAUCCUGCUCCACCAGCUCCUUCUGGUGCAUCAGCUGCAGCAGCUUCAGCUGAUACAGCUUCAGCUUCAGUUUCAGAAAAGGAUCACGGGUCCUGCUUUAGCCAAAUUCUGCCAGAGGAGCCCAGCCCAAGUCCAAUGCCAAGUCCAAGGCCAUCUUUGGAGAGCAGAAACACCUUCAGCCGAGAUGACGACAGUCCAUCUCGAAACAGAAGCAGCAUGGGAACCUCGUCUUCUUCAGCGUCUAGUCUGGAGAGUGAGAGUGAAAGAAACUCAAGAACUGCAAGAAGCGAGAAUGACCUUGAGUCUAUACCCAGGAGGUGGUCAGGAUACACUGCCCCCCAAGUGGACUUCUACGGACCAAUGGUGGGAAACCCUCCACCAGAGCCCUACCCUCACCCACAGGCUCCUCAUCGCGCUCAGGUGGUGGACUUGCCUGGCAUCCUGUACAGCCUCUCCAGAGAGGGCCCUUCACUGGACAGUGACUAUUCCCAGGACAGCACAGAUGAUGCCAGCGACUGGACCUCCUCGCUCAUGAGCCGCAGCCGCAACCGUCAGCCCUUAGUGCUGGGUGACAACGUCUUUGCCGACCUGGUGGGUAACUGGUUGGACCUACCUGAAGUGGAGAGAGAGGAGGUGGAAGAAGAGGAACGGAGGAAGAGGAGAGAGGAGAGGACAGCAGACGGAGGAGCGGACAGACCGGACACCCCAGCUCACCCUCUCCGCCUCAGCCGCUCGCAGGAGAUCUGCAGGAAGUUCUCGCUGACCACAAAUAUCUUCAAGAAGUUUCUGCGCAGCGUCCGGCCCGACAGGGACAAGCUGCUCAAGGAGAGGCCUGGCUGGGUGGCUCCUGAGCUGCCAGAGGGCGACCUUUUCAAAAGGCCGAAGAAACUGGUUCCUAAAAGUUCAAAAGGUAGCUUCUACCUGCCGUUCUGGGCAAAUGGACAGCAGGGCAAAGGCAGACCGUGUCCACAUCUAGCUGAAGCAGAGAGGAACCAACACCAACACCAUCAACACCACCAACACCACUUCCCCCAGUUCCACCAGCAGCCAUUUGCAGGGAUUUAUUUAGACAGGAGGCAGCCAGAGACUGGUUUGGAGAAAAUGCAGCCCUUGUUUGACUACAACACAGCUGUGUGGGUCUGACAGUGAGUCUCAGGCCAACAGACCGCAAAUGUUGCCAGACUGAGUGAGUGACAGGUGUUCUGGGAUUUUGGCUGAGCUGGAGGGGAAUGAAUGAAAGAAUGAAUGAACGACUGAGAGGCUUGGAUACAGUUGUCUUCCAAAAAUUAACCGAUGAACUUCACACCCACAACGUGAUUCUCCUGCGACUGAGAGAUUAUCAGGGCAACAUUUUGUCUGACAAUCCCAAAACCUAAACCUCGUGUACUGUGCGCGUCUGGGUGUGCGAUUGUGUGCUGGAGAGUGUCUGAGACGUUAGAGAGAGACUUUUUUUGAGGAUUUAUGCCGUAAGUUUUGUAUUAUUCAAAUUUCUUCACGUGUGUAUGCAUGUAUGACUGGAUUCUCUGGUUGUCUUAAAAGACGGUACUUAGAAAAGGACAUAUUUCUCAGAAUGUCACCAUCAUUGCAGUUCUUUAUAAAAACAUCCACAGAUUUUUUUUCACUUCUCUGCUACAGGACAUACUCUCAUAUGUCACUUCUUUGCAUCUAUGAAUAUAAACUCCAACUGUUGGAUUGCAUGGUUACUGUUUUUAUAAAUGAUGCUACAAACAGCUGUUACUGAACGCACUGCCACUAAACACAUUCAUAAGCUUUGUUUCCAACAGGCCUCGAUGCCUCGGAAACUCAGGUUUAACUGAACCCGUCGGUCUCAUUCACCUUGCUCAGGGAAUGAAUGCAACACAGGAGGAAACUAUGAGAUACUGCCACAUUCACAUGGGAUAUAUAGACAGUUUAGAGAAGUCUUUCCUCAACUCAUCUUGCCUAGUUGGACAUAACAGCAAUACAGUGCAUGACGAGUCCAAAGAUUGCACAUUAAACUUUGAGAUUUGUCCCUCAUGAUAAGUGAUGUUGUGCUUGCUGUCAUGUUAGAAACACUCAUUUUUCUCUCUGCUGUGUAGACACGGCACAUGUUGAGUCAAUUGUCAGUCCUCCUGGGUUGUUACGCAGAGAGAGGAGGGGGUAAAGAUGGCACAGCCAACCACGAGUUACUGACUGACUGCCAUCUGGUACCCAGACGUUAUGUAAAGCUUGUUCACCACAGGCUCGAAGAAGAUGCAGAACGGCUCGGUUAAUCCCGAAGCUUUGCAGAUGAACUGAAUGAUGACGAUUGUCUUACAUGCUGUAUAUACAAAGGCAAAUACAUUACAGGGCUGUAACAGUGAUGAGACAGAUGAGAGUGGAGGUAAAGACUAAUAAUCUCUACCCGACAGGAUCAAGUUAACAGAAUAAAUGUACAGAACAUUGUACAUAUUUGCCAUCAAGCAAACUGCAGCAAUAACAGAUAUUUUCUGUAACCACCAUUUGCAUGAUUUUCAUUAUUCUGCACAGAUAAAUAUGUCACAGUAACAUUACAGUUCUUACAGUUGCAUCUAAACAAAGCCACCACAUCUGUACUUAAACCACAAACUCAUGAGUUAAUCUGUAACCUACAGUAUCUAUACUCUUGUAUCAUAAUAAACCGUUUCAGUGUUUUUCAUUGCAAGCAGCAUCAUAGCAGUUAAAGACAAAUUACGGCUUCCUUCACAAAUUUUUAUAAAUAUAUGGAUUCCCUCAGGAUUACAGAUGACACUGCCCACUUUGACUCAAAACACUUUUUUUUUUUUUAUAGAGGACCACAGUUAUGCAAGGACAAUCUGAUAUGUUUAACUUAUUGUUAUGAAAAAAAAAAAACAGUCAACUUCACUUAGUUUUAAAUGUGAUACCAGACCAAUCAACUUAGCCAGCAGGGAUUAGGCCUUAGGUUUUCUGAGUGUCUUGGCCGGUCGAUCCAUAUGGUGUUUUCUCAGUAUUCAGGUCAAUAUGUACACACACAUUCAGAGGGUCCAACACACACUCACACAGACGGUGUCUGCUGAGACGGUUGUGCUAUAAGGCAGAGUCUGAGAUGUCAUAUCACACAGUAUGUGUAUGUUAAUGUAACAUUUAUUUCUUCCUAUUUACAGUUGUCUAAGUGUAAUUUUCUGCACUGUUGAUAUUUUUCAUUGGGGUUCUGCGAACCUUCAGUAGUGAUUCUGUGUCAUGUGCACUGUGAAACUGUCACUGACUCUUUGUAAAUUAAAACUGUUUUCAGAAAGAA